UACCGUUACCAUAUCAUUCCGCACCGUAGUGCUCCUUUCAGGGGGUUUUCCUUUUUUUUUUUACCUCUCAACCUCCUCGUCUUACUUCAGUUCGAAACCUUCUUCCCCCCUUUGCUCGAUAAUAACAAUCCGUCUGUGCAGUUAUCAUAAUCCUUCAGCCCACCCAAGCAGUGACGCCUGCUGCGGGUGCCCGUUUUUCCCCACUCCCCAUCGCGCGUCAGCUCCAACCCCCAAUUGACCUGCCAGGGAAAUUCUGCCCAUCAAAAAUUCAUUGUCGUAAUACCAAUAAACCCUUACACCUCGUUCGUUUGUUCGUUAGUUCGUUCGUUGUCAUUCGUUCGUUCCAAUGCCUUGGAUUCCCCUAGCUCGCAUAGCUUUCGCGAUAGCAACACACCCCUUCAACCCUACGUCACGGGAUGAUCUCCCCCUAGAACUUGGCGACGAGCUUUACAUUAUCGAAUCUUGCAAUGAUGGUCAAUGGUUCCGUGGAUACCUUGUUGCGCCUCCAUCGCUGCUGGCCGGUCUCACCAGUACUAAGGGUGCUACCCUCGAAGCUCGUGUGUUUUCGGGUAUCUUUCCAGCCGCGUGCGUCGAUAUCAAGGAGUACUUGAGUACGGAGGUGCCACUACUGCCCGAGGAUUCCGUGGAGGGCAGAGACUACGAUCACGACGGCAAUGAGGUACCCAACCGACAGGAGAGCGCGGUGGUCAACGGGAAUCAUUUGUUAUCUCAGCAUGGGGACUCGAAUGGUGUGAACGGUCUCUCCCGGUACAGCGCUGACUCAAAUGGACGUCGGCCAAAAUCCAGUGGUAAUGGUAAUAGUAAUGGUCGGGUUGCCCGGACAAAGUCCUCGCGUUCCAAGAAGAAUCGCCGCUCGAUGGCGAUUACUCCCCCGCCUAGGCACCCCGGCGGGGGUGGUCAUAAUCGCCCGCGACCGGCCGCCCCAGUGCCCAUGUUGAAGGUCGGUGACGAGUCGUCUUCGUUCGAAUCGGAACCUCUGGUGGAUGAGAUUGCCUCCUGUCUUAGGGAGUGGCAUGCGGCGAAUCUUCACGAGUUGCUGCUAAACAGCGAGUAUCCACUUCUUGACGAGAUCUCUUCCCUGGUACACCAGCUCGACCUGUCUCGGCGGCGGUUGCUACAUAGUGUUCUGACAAAGGCGGAAUUGGUGGCCACCAGGGAGAGCACGGUUUGGGCGCUCGUCAGGGGGAAUAGGCUACUCUCCCGGGAGAUCAUUGUUCGGGAUCCUAACUCUGGGAGGAUACUGACAGGAGAUGACUCUAGUGUUGAUAUCACUACCUUGCAGUCGCAGAUGUCGUUGUUAGAAUACCCGCCUACUCCUUCUCAGGAUGGAAUAACACUGCAUCACUUAUUGAUGGAGCAUAAGGCUUUUGUUGGAAUGGCGAAUGAACCGGUUACGCUCGUAUUUUACCUGUCUACCAAACAAAAUAUACCCAUUUCGGAAUCAUUCACAGUAUCUCUCAACGCGCAGGGAACACCGUUGGAUUCAAAUAAUUUGGGCAAGAUGCAGACGCUCUUCACCGACCUUUCUUCCCGGGAUGCUAUGGAGGACAUGUUUUUGGUUGUUAGAGUUUAUUCCACCAUGUCGGUUGCUCCCGGCCCGGCUACUUCACCCGGCAAGGGCCACCAUGCAGCACCUUCGGAAACCACGUUUGGAACUAUCAAGCAUUCAGCCAUGAAUGGAGCUACGUUACCCGCUAGAGGCGAGCAGAGGACCAAAGGGAGGGUGAGUGUAUUGUUUAGUCCAAGGCCGAAGACAUCAGGAAACGAGGACUCACCGACCGAAUCGCGUGCAAACGAUGAGAAUCUUCCCCCCCAUCCUGUCCCUCCACUACCAAACUCACCGAUGGUCGCGACACACAAUGCGCGACAGAUGCCCCAGCGAGUGACGUUCCAGAGAGCGCUAGGAGUGGGGGUUCUCGAUGUUGGGAGGUUUGUAAGGCAGGACCAAGCCAUCGAGCAGGCUAUAAGGAUAUUCGCUCCGGCGGGAAUGGGGUCGGCAGCCGGUAGCACGGAGAAGAGCUAUGGGGGCUCAGUUGGGGAAAAGGGCGGCGGAAAGCCUGGAGACGGCGAGGAUUGGGACAGGCUGAUUAGAGAUGUUAUUGAGUCCCGAACAGGGAAAUUUGAGAAAUCACCAAAGGCGGAUCGCCUCCAUCUUUAUCUUCGUCCAUUUACAUCUCCUGAUGCGGACUCACUGAUUAAGGCUACGCCCACUUUGUUGCACAAUAUCAAUUGUGCACAGAAGAUUGGCUUUUCUGGAGCGCCAACAAAGCCCAGGUCUGAUAUAUACAUUACUCUUGGGAACCCGAUCUUGCCAAGACACGCAUUAUUACUUCAUCCGAAGUUGGGUUCCUGUGCUCUUCCGGCGUCGUCGCAUUUCAAUUCUCUUCAGAUAUCGCUCGAAGUCCGGAGGCCGAACGGGGAGAGGAUUAAGGAUUGUAUAUUUUCGGCUUCAAACAUCCCGGGAGUAACCGUUUGGAAAUCCGUUGUUGUCGCCAGGGACGAAUCGUGGAAUCAAACCAUUAGGCUUGCUUUGGAUGAGGAGGACGUUCCCAGUGCUCACUUGUUCAUGGUUCUCUCGGGUGUCCCGCAUGCGCCUACCGCCUUGGCGUGGUUACCGCUAUGGGAUAAGGGAGCUUUCUUGAGGGAUGGGGAUUACUCACUGUUGUUGCACAAGUAUGACGAGUGGACAUCUUCGCCGAUAUCAACUGUUUCAGGGAAUGGUAAUGGAUAUCUGAAUCAGCCUUGGAUGCCUGGGGGUGAAGGAUGGGCGGCGGCAUUGUCAAUGGGGGGCACGGCUGCCACGAUAAAGGUUAAAACCUACCUGUGCAGUACUAAGUUUUCUCAAAACGAUGUUUUGCUAUCACUAUUGCAGUGGAAGAAUAUGAAGGAGUCUGAAUUGAUUGCAUUGCUAAAGAAGGUUGUAUUCGUUCCUGAGAUGGAGGUCGUUAAACUGCUCCGGGAGGUUUUCGAUGCCCUGUUUGGGAUAUUGGUCGAGUAUGCCAAAAAGACGGAGAUGGAGGAUCUGGUUUUUAUCGCGCUCGUCACCGUUCUUGGGAUCGUCUAUGAUCGGAGAUUCCAUUUGGAGCCUAUUGUGGAUGUUUAUGCUGAGAAGCAUUUCGAUUAUCCGUUCGCUGCAUCGUGUCUAUUGCGGUCUUUCACUCGAUUAUUACAGGAUCCCACCAAUACCGAGAGCUCAAGAAGACUGCGGUCUACAUUUAAGGUUGGACGACACAUUUUCCAGUUUAUCGCUAAGGCAAGGGAGCAGCAGAUUGUGAAGGAGGCGACUAUCGGGCUAAAUGGCGGCAGCGGCGGGAAUCAGACGUUCACGAAGGAUCUUCAGGUUAUAUUCAAGCUGCUGGAGAACCUCAUGCGGAAUGGUGCUGCUAUGCUGGUAGGCAGUCAGACGCUUGCUGUGCAGCAUUUCCAUACUUGGUUGCCCGAGAUGGCGGGGCUGGUUACUCGGGAGCAGAUAUUAUUAGUUGCUAUUGACUUUAUGGAUGCUUGCUCGGAUGUUAAGGGGAAGCUAGUUCUUUACAAGUUGGUCCUGAUUAUCAAUUACUCGCGGAGUUCGCUAUUUUCUCAGCCGGAGGACCGACGGGCUUUGACGCUGAACACUGUGCGGUGGUUAGCCCCACAUUGGGGGAAGACUGAUGAUGUAACUGGACAAUGGAGGGACCAAGUUCGGCUCUGCUGCAGUGUUCUCGCCGCUCAGGUUGAAGAGCUUGGGGAGGAGGUAUCAGAGUAUAUUCCCAAAAUUGUUGAUUCCUAUCGCGCGAUUCAGGCUACUGGAAGACGUGAAAGGGAGACCUUUUCCUUACUAUUCCCCCGUACUUAUCCUUUCCCCACCAAAAACAUACCCGGGCGACCGGUAUUCGAUGAGGCGCUGAUAGAACUGGCCGCUAUCUUGGCUGCGGUAUCGAGCAUUCCUACUGGAUUACAUCUAGAUCUUAGCGAAGAGGACUUGGCAAAGUUUCUAAUGGACGACCUACAGGUCCAUAUGAGCAUUCUCUCGUGUGACGCUUUCCCGCAGUCAUGGUUGAGUGUGCAUAUCUAUCAGCACAAGUCAACAAUGCGGACCUUGGAGACGUUGGCAGGAAUUUUGGUGGAUUCGUUUCUGCCGGACCCGGAUGAUGCAGAGAAGUUCAACACGGAGCUUUGGCAAGCUUUCUUCACGACAUUGCUGAUGCUUGUUGGGUCGGAGGCUCUGGCAUUGGAAACCUUUCCGGAGCAGAAGAGACGGGCGGUGUGGAAAGUCGCCGGGGAUGUCAGGGAGCAAGGAGCGGAUCUACUGAGAAGAACAUGGGAGGCUAUUGGCUGGGAGACUGGUAGUGAGGAUAAGAGGAGGUUUGGCAUUGAGAAGAUGGGUGGGUAUCAAGUGCAAUACGUGCCUGGAUUGGUGGCGCCUAUUGUUGAGCUCUGCUUGAGCGUGCACGAGGGGCUGAGGAGUGUGGCGGUGGAGGUGCUGCAGACGAUGGUGGUGAGCGAAUGGACGUUGAGUCAGGACUUGAGUGUUAUUCAAGCAGAAAUGAUUGAUAGCCUGGAUCGACUUUUCAAGUCAAAGAAACUUACAGAAAGCAUUACUCAGAAACUUUUUAUCGCUGACUUGAUUGAGCUCUUCGAGCCGCUGUCGUUGAUUCCUAAUGACCCCCUUACGGUCAAGGUUCGGGACCUGUUACAUACCAUUGAUAAGUUUCUGGAUCUGUUGGUUGCUGUUCACAAUACGCCGUUGGGAGAAGCGUAUCAUAUUAUGGAUACCCUCCGAUUAAUGGAAUUCCUGAAGGAUAUGCGAAAGGAAGAUAUGUUUAUUCGCUAUGUUCAUCAACUUGUUAGUGUUCAACUAGAGUCUCAGAAUUACGUCGAGGCGGGCCUGGCAUUACAACUUCACGCGGACCUGUAUCCAUGGGAUAUGAGUGAGAGGGUCUCGGCCUUAAUCGACCCACCAUUCCCGAACCAGACGGCAUUCGAAAGGAGAGAAGCUCUAUUCCUGGAAAUGAUAAAAUUAUUUGAGGACGGCAAGAGCUGGGAGAACGCGUUGGAUACGUAUAAGGAACUGGCGCACCAGUAUGAGAAUGUAGUAUUUGAUUAUGCGAAGCUGGGUAAAUGUCAUCGAGCUAUGGCAAAGAUUCACGAAGAUAUUCUCAAUGGCGACAAGUUAAGUCCCCAGUUCUUCCGGGUGGCGUACUUGGGUAUGGGAUUCCCGAUCGGUCUGCGGGAUCGCCAGUUUAUUGUUCAGGGUAACCACUGGGAGAAACUCGCGCAGUUUUCGGACAGGAUCCAACAGCAACACCCCGCAGCCAAGAUUGUCGCUUCUGGCGAGAUUGAUAGUGUUGAGGGACAGUUUAUCCAUAUUACUGCUGUCGAGCCUGAACAUGAUGUUAUGCAUCCUGUUUUCCAGAAGACCAAGGUUUCCCCGAAUACGAGGUCGUUUUUGCUGCAGAAGCAGCCAAGAUCCUUUUUUUCCUCGAGGCCAUUGCCCGGGAAUGAUGCGGGGCGACCUUCAUCUUGGUGGAGCGAGAAGACGGUAUACAGCACGGCUGAGCGAUUCCCAACUAUUCUGCGGAGAUCUGAGAUCCUGAGUAUUUCUACCGUGACGGUUAGUCCUGUUGAGAAUGCAAUUGAAGCGGUCACUGCGAAGACUGGAGAAUUGUCGCUACUCGAGAAACGAUAUGCUGAUAUGAAAGGCGGAGAUGGACAUGAUUUGAACCCGCUAAGUAUGAGUCUUACCGGAGCUGUGGAUUCGCCCGUCAAUGGUGGGGUUGGAGGGUAUAGAGAAUUGGUUAACGAUGAGAGGGUUGCAAUUGAGCUGCGGAAUGCUUUGAAGACGGCGAUACUGGAUUACGUCUUUGUGUUGAAGAAAUGUCUUGCUGUUCAUGGUCAACUGGUAGCCAAUCCGUUGAGGCCUAUGCACGAUAAUAUGAUGCGACGUAUGUUUCUCUUUUUUCUUGAUCGAUAUUAA